AUGUAUUUGAGACUAGUGCACUCUACUGACCCCGUCACUUUGGCUGGACUUCCGAUCCCUACGCCUGACCAGCGAUCUAAAACAUAUCAUUCUAAUUGGAGGGAUAUGGAAAGGAAAAACUGGGAGAGGUUGGCCCUGCAAGGAGGCAACCUCUCCAACAACGAAGACUCUGCCAAAUGUCGGGGUUGCACUGCAAUGAGGGAGACCCUAUGCCAUCUUAGCACUCAAUGCCCAAAAUUGAAGUCCAUGAGGAUAUGGCAACACAACAAGAUUUGUGAGCACUUGAUCGCUGAGGCCAGUCAUAAAGGCUGGAAGGUUCUGCAAGAACCUACCUUGGUUACGAGCAAUGGUGAACAUCGGCAGCCCAAUCUAAUCUUCCACCAUCAUGAUAAAGCAGUGGUUGUUGACGUAACGGUUCGCUACGAACUUUCGAACAACUCACUUCAAGAAGCUUUCGCUUCCAAAGUGGAGAGAUAUGAAUGGCUGGCUCCACAGAUAGAAAAACUUACUGGGGCUACCUCCGUGGUGUUUCCCGAAAACACGGAGGUGCUCGCCGAUCUAGAUAUCAGAUCAAAGUACUUCGAAGAGUUCUUGUGGACUUUUACUUCCUGUAAAGAUUUAUAUAGAAGAUUACCCAAAGAAGUGGAAAGAAACUAUGAAAUUUCACUGGAAAAUAAAGAAGAGUACCAUGUGCCAUGCACUUUGCUUGUGGAAGGUACAGAAUUAUCAGGAAGCAAUGUCUUUCAGUUCACAUCAACUUGUCCCAAGAAAGCCAUUUCAAAUGAAGAGGAACCUAUGAAACAACCAAUCAACCAGCUGAAGAAUAUCAAUAAAAAGAAUCAGCCUUCAAAAUUAGGAUAUGGGUCAUUUGGCCAAGAACAUUAUGUUAAUAUAAGGUGUACAACUACAAAAGCUUUUUCUACAGAAACAAAACAAAAACAGAAAACACUCAGAUCUAGUACAACAAAAACAAAGGUAAAACAAACUGUGCAUGAAGACAGACCAUAUUUAUUAAGAAGAUGUGUUCAACGGGAGCUUGCCAAGAUGUCAGAUGAUCAAGCAGACUUUGAAGACAGUGAAACAGAUGAAGAAGAUAAUUUGUUAGAAGACAAACAUCAUAAAACUUCAUCAUUAGAAGAAGCAAAAUUUAAAAAUAUAAAAGAAAAUACAGGAUCCUCUAGAAAGUUUUUGCCAUUCACCGAAGACUAUUUCCUGGCACAUGAAAACAAAGCUUGUAAAACUUCGAAUCAUACACUGUCAAGAUUGGAACAACCCUUGCUAGACCAUGAUGGUUUAAAAAAAUUGAUGAGUCAGGUCCCAUCAUCUCACAGAAAGUAUAAAAAAACUAUGUUUGUAGAAUAUCAGAAAGAUUAUAAUAAAUGGAUGAUUUUGCUGAGUGAAGGGUUCAACCUGCUGUUUUAUGGUUUUGGAUCAAAAUUUCAACUUCUGGACUCUUUUAGAAAAUGCAUGCUAACAGAAACAUCACACAUGAGUAUUCAUGGGUUCUUUCCAGGUUUAAUGCCCAAACAUAUACUGACCACCAUAAUGGAGGAAUUCAUUGGGUCUAGAGGGAACUUACAAGGAGUAAGUGAGCAAAUAGAUGACAUCAAAAACCAUUUUAUGAAACCAGAAUCAGAUGAUCUGUAUUUAAUUAUCCACAAUAUUGAUGGAAUACCACUUAGAGCAAGGAAAAAUCAGAGUUUACUUAGCUACUUAGCACAAGCUCCUAAAAUACACAUAAUUGCUUCUGUUGACCACAUCAAUGCACCAUUGAUUUGGGACCAAACCCAGUUAAGUAGGUUUCAUUGGCUUUGGGUGGAUGUCACAAACUUCCAACCUUACACUACUGAAACUUCAUUUGAAAACUCUCUGUUAAUGCAGCAGUCUAACACUCUUGCUCUUAGCUCAUUAAAGUAUGUAUUCAGAAGCCUCACAUCAAAUGCUCGAGGCAUUUUCCUUUUGAUAACUCACUACCAACUGGACCAAAAAGAUAACUUUUCAUAUUUAGGAAUGCCCUUUCAAAGAUGUUAUCAACAGUGUCGUGAAGCCUUUCUUGUAAAUAGUGAACUCACUUUGAGAGCUCAAUUAACAGAAUUUUAUGAUCACAAACUUUUAAGAUCACAAAAGGGACCAGAGGGUACAGAACAUCUCUUGAUCCCACUGGAUACAGGAACAUUACAACAAUUUUUAGAGCACCAGGAUCAAGAUAACAACUAAGCAAGAGAGUUGGAUAACCUGUUUUUCAGAUAGUCUUUUAGAUAUUGUUUAUGAGAAAAGGUGUCAUACUUUUUGCUGUCAUAUAAUUAUAUAUACCUGUGUUUCAUUCUGUUGUGAUGAAUAUAUAUUUUACAUUAUAAUUUUUUUGGCAUUUUAAAUUUAAGUUUAAAAAUUAUGUAUCUUUAUAUAGAUAAUAAAUUGUAUUUCUAAAGUAUGUUCUGAGUUUGACCUCCAGAAACUUCCCCACUGAUUAUUGAAGAACUUUUUUAUUUAUAUUUCUUAUAUAGCUUAAUAUUUAAAACAAAAGCACAAUCAUCAUGUAACCAUGACUAAUCUUUUGACCUAUAGAAAUGGUUUACAGCAUUAUUUUACAUUAUAUAUUUUUUUAAGUAAUAAAAAUUGUAACAUUUUAUGUAAUGAAAAGUUCACACGCCAAAUAAACAAAGACUUAGAAGAUGAAUAUAUAUAGAAUUUCUGAAGUUUCCAUUUUUCAGUUAAAACAAAUAUUUUAUAAUUUGAAAUAUUAUAAUCAUUGUUUUCUGUAGUUUGCAAAAAGUCAUUUGAUGGUGCUAAGCAAAAUAAUUUACUAUUCUUAUUAUUCUCAUUAGCUAAUCAGAUAAAACUAGUCCAUUUUCAGUGAGUGAAAACUUCUUUAGUUUACACUGAUGUCAUUUAUGGGGAAAUGUUAAUAUCUUCUUGCAAAAUAUUUCAGUCUUAUGCAUUCUACAGAUGUUCUUUUGUCACUGGUUUGUUUUAAUAUAUAUAUAUAUUUGUAAAAGUUUGUAAAAAUAUUUUAUUGCAACUGUAUAUCUUAUAAACAUCUUUAGAAUGUAUCAGAUUGUCUAUACAGAAAGAUAUGACUAACUUCCUUUAAGUAUUAUUUUACAAAAUUGUCCAAAUAAAAGUUAACAAAUUUGUGUAAGUGCCAAUAAAAAAUGAACA